CAGGCUGCUGUGUGGUCGGUGAUCCAGUACCUGACAGGUAUAGCGUCGAAAGAGGCGAAAAAGCGGGACUAGAUCCCGUUUCACGGCAGGAGACAAUUCAGUGCUGAACUUUGACUUGCCACCAUGAAGGAGGAAACCAAAAAGUCGACCACUCCCUCCAGUCGAAAGUGUGUCACAUUUGUAGUGGUCCUGGCCAUCUUCGUCACAGUUUUCCUGCUGCAUUCCAUGGACGACGUCAGGGGUCCCAGGAGAGUCCCAUCCCCCAUGGCGUGGCAGUUUCAAAAAGGAAUCAACAAUACUUUAGUCUUUCAUAAAAAUAUAUCUGCUCCUCCUAAGGAUGGUGGCUUUUGCAAAUUCAAGCCUCUUUCCAGUGAAGAUGCUGAGGAGGAGCGCCACCUGGUGGAUUCUGUUGCUUGGCCUGAAACUCCUUUGCUCAGGUCCAACUUUUCCUUAGGUUUAACCAGCAACCCCCGUGGAAGUAACUUCACCAUUCUUCCCAAUGAUGGCGGGCAGCAGCGUUACGUCGGCGAUGUGCUCAAAGUUUCUAUAAAUAUCAAUGACUUUUCGGGAAAUCCUAAAAAAACUGGUGGAGAUUUCAUAAUAGCCCGGCUCCACAACCCAGUGCUACUUGCUGGUGUUGUUGGAAAAGUUGUUGAUCAUCUCAAUGGAUCCUACACAGCUCUAUUUCCUCUUCUCUGGAAUGGAAGUGCGGCAAUAGAGGUCACUUUAGUUCAUCCCAGCGAGGCCAUUUCUUUUCUGCACAAGCUGAACAAAGACCGUCCAGACAGAAUAAAAUUCGUCAGUGUUUUCCGAAAUGGAAGGACAACUGAGGCAUCCAUAUGCAACGUUUGCCUGCGUCCCAGGAUGGUGCCGAUAUGCAACUUCACAGACAUCCGAACGGGAGAGCCGUGGUUCUGCUACAAGCCAAAGAAGCUUGACUGCGACUCCAGAAUCAGCCACACCAAAAUCAAAUCGGCCAUUAAUAUCGGGGCCUAUCAAAGGCUCUUUCAAACUAAAAUCAAUCUGAAAGUUCCUAUCCCAUCAUCUGGUCCUCGAACUGUGCGAGUGAUGUCACGUGAAAGAGGCAAACAAGUGGCGAAUGAGAGUUUUGGGCUCAGUGGUUUUUAUUAUAAGGGAGUGUGGAACUCUUUGAGCGGUGCCAAAGUUCAACAUUUCAACAACUCCGCCAUCAGUCGAUGCCUUCAGGGCAAAGUUGUCCACCUCUAUGGAGACUCCACCAUCAGACAGUGGUACGAGUACCUCACUCAAAGUCUGCCAGAUCUCAAGGGCUUUGACUUACACAGCUUAAAAAAGAUUGGCCCUUUUAUGGCGUUAGAUUAUAAAAGAAACACGUUUGUGGAUUUUCAGUGCCAUGGUCCGCCCAUCCGUUUUUCUCAAGUCCCCAUUCCACAGCUAAGCUAUGUGGCCAACAAGCUGGAUUCAGUCGUCGGAGGAGCAGACACGGUCGUUGUUAUUGGUGUCUGGUCUCACUUCAGUAGUUUUCCCGUAGAGAUUUACAUACGACGGCUGCUAAGCAUCCGGAAGGCUGUGGCGCGACUGCUAGCAAGACAGCCCGCCACAGUGGUCGUCAUACGGACAGCAAAUCCAAAAAAACUAUUGCUUUAUGAAACACUGACCAACAGCGACUUCUACACGAUGGUGCGCGACAAGAUCCUCAGGGCUGUGUUCAAAGACACAAAUGUCCACUGGGUGGAUGCCUGGGACAUGACUGUGUCUCAUUAUCUUCCUCACGAACUUCAUCCUCAACCUCCGAUUGUUAAAAAUAUGAUUGAUGUUCUCUUGUCGCACAUCUGCCCUGUCCCAAGUGGCUAGGUACUUCUUCAGCAAGAACAUUUCUGGAUUGAUGUCGUCUUAAUACCACACAGUGCCCUCUUGUUAACUUAAAGGUAUUUAUGAAUGAGAUGUUUUUAAACUGUUUCACAAUUUUAUCUUGAUACUUUAUUUUAAUAAUGUUGUCUUGCAUGUCUCUGUUAAUGUAUUUCAUCAUUGUUGGGCUUUAUGUGGAGCAGUGCCACAAUAAACAUCCUAGUGCCACUUUCCCCACCAUAAGUCAUGCAUUCCACCUCAGUACUGAUCAUGAGGAUGAUAUACUGUAUUUGCUUUUGCAAACUUGAACCCAUUUCAAGUACUCAUAUUUUCAAUGGAGGGAUUGCAAAGUGUAGAAGGAUAUGGCGAUGACCGGUAACACUGAUGUUUGGAGAUUUGCCUUGUAAUGUUAUGAAAGAGUAUUUAUUUCUCAGUGUUGCCUCAAAAAGUACUCACAGAAAGAGAGUGAAAGCUGCGGCCACGUCACAUAUUUUUAAAUUGAUAUUUUAUGUACGUAUUUUUAUGCAGAAAAAUCAGCAGAUAAUCUUGCAUCUGUUCUACGUCAUGGUAAUAGGACACAGUUUGAAAUGGAACUUAUCAAUUGAUUUGGUAUGUUUUUCACACACAAAAAGAAUGUUGUUUCUCAUCCUCCACCGACUGCGUAUUUUCUGCAUAUAAACAAAUUGCAAUUGCUGGGUUAAAGUUGUCAUCAAUAGGGUUAUAGCUCAAACAUGAUUUAAUACUAUUUAUCAGGAUUGAUGUGGAAUCACUUUACCAUUAAUGGAGCGAAUGUUUACAUAAGAAGUUUUCAGGGCAUUAGGACACAACGCUGUAGCAUUUAGAAAUGAAGGCAUUUUUUGCAGCACAAUGAAAAUGUUGUGCAGGUCUGUCUUAGAAAUGAAACUUGAAAUAUGACCCCACCCACUGUGAAAUUAGAGGAAAAAGUCCAACAAAGCUGUGCCCUCAGGGUUUAGGGUUAAGGUGAAACAUCUCCAAUAUCCACCGCUGUGGAAUGUUUAUUUUUUCUUUGUAUUCUUUGUAUUUGGAGUGACACCUGGGGUGGUACUCUCCCAUGUCCAUACAUUUGGAAACAAAACAGAAUAUUGUGCAAAAGGGAAGAACGUAAAUCGGACAUAAUGCAUUGAUGAAAAAAGGAUAUAUUGGAUAAAACAUAUGUACGUAGCCCUGUAUUAUUUAAUAAUGAUAGAAAGAGUAGGAUAACGCACUUGAGUGUUUUUUAGUUGGGUUCCGUUUAAUAGAUGAAGUGGCGAGCAAUUACACAAAUCAUAUGAUGAAAAUGUAAAGGAAACAGAAUGUUUGAAAUGCGUUCAAAUUGUUUACAUUAUAUAUCUU